UGUCAAAACCAACAAGGUUUUUUGGCUUUUUCGGGUUAUUGUUAUUCUUAUCGAGGUUUUGGGAAUUUUUUCGAGUCUUCCUCUUCUAUGCGAAAAUGUCAGAGCUUGAAUAGGUUACAGACUUACAGUAUUCGUAUUGGGUGGCUUCAGAAGCCUGGAUUUGCAGGAUUCGCGUGAAGUGGAUUGCGAGUUGGAAAAAAAUGAUCUGACUGACAGUUCGUUAGGUAUCCUCGUUUUCAUGCUAAUCUGCUCCAUAUGAAAGAGCGAUGGAUGAUUUAAAUAAUCCAUUUGCUUUGGAUAUGCAAGAGGAAGCUCGUCUUACGGAUGUGGACGCCAUUCUUGAGGAUUUACAGAAUUCGCAAGUAUCCGAAUUCGAUUUGCCACCAAUUGGAUCACUACCGACUCUUGAAAGUAUUUUGGACGAGAAUGACGACGACGUGGGAACAAUUUUCAAUCAAGAUCCAUCGCUGAGUUUCGACUCCAGUGCGUCCUACACUUCAGCUGUGGAGGAUGCUGCUGUUGCGUUUUUCGAUGUUGUCAGCAGCGUAUCAUCCAUUAAAAAAUGCGCUGCCAGUUUGAAAGCUCACGACAGUAUCAUCAAAUUGGCGAAGCUGCGGAAUAUCACAACUAGCAUCAGCUCUGCAAAGCCGGAUGCGGCAAUUAAUUAUGGAAAUCCGACAGUGGUCCUUGUUGGCUUGAAAAUAGCGGUUGGUACAUCUACUGGCUACGUUCUGGUUUACGAUUUAAAUCAGACACUUAUAUUCCGAUGUCCUCCACCGGGAAAAGACGCGGGUGCAGUUUCGGCUGUUGAUUUGAAUCGAGAGGAACGGCGUUUGUUGGUGGGAUUUGCCAAGGGAAUGCUGGCCUUGUACGACUUUGCGUCGGGAAAGUUAUUGCAGACGAUCGAAGAUGCGCACUCAUAUGACUGUUCGGUACUUCACAUCAGGUAUACCGACAGUACGAAUUCUGCGAUAUUUUUGGACAAUGGGGGAUCCGUAUUCCUUUUGGAAACAAAGAGUACCCUUGGUCGGCGUAAUUCUACGUCUGCGUGCAUAUUUUCCGGAAGCAAAGGAGAAGCAUUUGCAGUGGAACCACUAAGAAUCUUCGAUAAAUUUCCCUUGCAUCGGUUUUCAGAGACCUCAGUAGUUGCUGUAGCAUCGUUGAAUAAAGUUAUCAUAGCGGAAAUAAAGCCAGCUUUACGUUCAGUAUUUUCAUUUCCGAUAAACGCCACGCCUUUGAAACUACCGCUUUUGGAAUGGCAUAUUGUAACAAUUCAGAGCAGCGAGGCUGGAAAGACCAUCGAGCCCGUGCUUGCUGUAGCGACGGGAAAUGGGAUUGUUUUUGUGCAGGUUUCUGCUGAAACAAAUCGCACUGUGAAAUGUUCAUUCAUCCAACGGACAACGGUUCCUGCUGACGUUGUUAACAUGAAGUGGUUAAAUAAUUAUAUCGUUGCUGUUGUGGACAUCGAUGAAAAGUUGCAUAUUAUCGACAUUCGCAAUCAGAAUGUUUUGGAUUCCGUUGAUUUGAGUUUUGUUGGAGUUGUCUACCAGUCAAGUUUUUUUAAAGGAUUGGCCACGACAAGAGCCGUUAGUCAGGCAAUGGCGUUGGCUGGUAAUCGUGCCUGUUCACAGUCUAUUGGUACAUUCCAAGGACAAAUGGUGUUUCUGGGAGUUAAAGGAGUUUUUGUUGCUUCCUUGCGGAUGUGGUUUGAACGCGUUGAACGCCUGGUAUCAAAAGGAAUGCCUCUGGAAGCGCUGCGCUUUGUGUUGGAUGUAUAUACUGGAACGGCUACAGGAGUACUGGGUUUGACGAGAAAUGCUGUGGAGCGCAAAGGAAUUUUACGACGUCAAGUGCGAAAUUUGAUACAAAUGGCCGCGGAUCGUUGCUUGAAGUCUGUACCCGUUCACGGGAAGAUCGACUCUCUGAAGGAACAUUACGAAGCAGUUAUUCCCUUGUGCAUUGAAGCAUGCGUUUCAACUGGAGACUUGGAGUAUUUAUUUGGACCACUGUAUGAGAAAUUCGCGUUCGAUGUUAUGGCCAAAAGCGUCUUCCUGCAGUGCCUUGAGCCUUUGAUACUCAAUGAUGAGCUGCAUGAACUAUCUCCCAUUGUCUCCAAAGAUUUUAUUGAAUUGUACGAAUCGCGGGAUCAGUUCGCCACAAUUGAAUCGUGUAUUGUUCGGCUAGACGUCACAUCUUUCGACAUUCAUCAGGUUGUCAGUGUCUGCAGACAGUACGAUUUAUUCGAUGGGUUGGCCUAUGUAUAUCUGACGGCAUUCAAAGAUGCCCGGACUCCGCUGGAAGAUUAUUUGUUGAAGCUACGAAAGGAAAUGAAGGAUAAGCCACAUUUGCCCGAUGAAAUAGUUGCUUUGGGCAACAAGGUCAUCGUAUACAUGAGCUGCUGCUUAAAUGGCCUCAAGUAUCCUAGUGGUAUUCCUAACGACGACCGCACACUGCAAAUAGCCGUGGAAGUAUUUCAAACAUUACUAGCACGUCAUACGCGACAGCCGGAUAGUGAUGAGCCUGUAUUUGCGCAUCUCCGCACACUUUUAGAUUUUAACGCCAGAGAAACUUUGAACGUUUUCGUGAUGGCUUUUAACCAGCCUUACUUUAACGAUGCGAAAGGUUUGGAGUUACAGCAGCAGCUGGUCGAUCGCCUGCAACAGGUGGUUGUACAAUCCACCGAAUGUGAGCCUGGGCAAGUUGCCGGUGUGUUUACGUUUAUUGCGCGUCAGAUGACUAAACCCGAUGCCAAGAUCGUGAUCAAUAGGAUGCUGAUUGAACAGACAUUGGAAGUAUUAUGUGACCCAGACGAUAGACAGCGUCACGACGAGCGAGAAUCUGCGGUAAUUGAACUGUAUGAUUCGGGCGUGUUAAAGCACAUCAGCGAUAAAACGGUCAUUAAAAUGGCGGAAGAUGCGAAAUUUUUCCGCCUGUGCGAAGUUUUAUAUGAAAAACACAACAUGCACGAUAAACUUCUUGGGUGUUUUCUGGAUGAUGUCCAUCGGAAGUCUCAAGUUUUCAAGUUCUUGCAAAGAGUUUUCGUCAGCCCGUUGUAUGAAAAACACGAUAAGAAGCUGGUGAAGGAGAUGUGCGUCACACGUUUUCGGGAUUUGUUGGCAAUUGACCGACAAAAAGCAGCCCAGUUGACCGUGACUUCGUUGUGGAAUGAAGUACCAUUACUUCUGAAAACAUUGGAGCCAGACGUUCAACAGCAGUACAUUUUUAUGCGAUCGCUUUAUGACUUCAUGUCUCGCAUUCCUUUCGGCGCAGCGCAAGAUACAAGCGCUUUCCCACCGCAAUACCAUGACAUUUUCAUUGAGUUGAUGUGCCAAGUCCGACCAGAUGUAGUUGGUGAUCACAUCCGAUUCAACGACGAUUACGACCCAGACAAAGUUUUAGCUAUAUGUCGCAAGUAUGGUUUAGUCAAACCGGAAGCAUACUUACUGGAGAAGAAAGGCGACACCAGCAAAGCUCUGGAAGUCCUAUUGGACGAUCUAGAUAAACGCAUCCAAGCCUAUUUGGUGUCCCAGGCGAAAGAGUUAUCUCCUACCGAAUAUAUACGAAGUUUACGGGAAAUGUCAGAAAGUUUAAUAUUGUUGACGGAAUUCUGUCAGCGCAUUGGAAGCAAAAUGGAUCACGAUAAGCGUGAAAAGACAUGGUUGAUCGUUCUGGAGCGAAUGCUGGAAGCUAUACGGCGUGUUGCCGCGGAAGUUCCUGAGGAGCGAAAGUCUGACCUUCGUCGACUUUGCGUGGAUUUUCUGAAGAGUAUGACUGGUCAGGUUGAUCUUCUGGUUUUAUUGAAAAAGAUUCUGGAGGAUCCAGCAUAUAACCGGGGUAAAUUUGGAGAAUUACGGGAACUUCUGUUGGGUAUUGUAGAUGCAUACACUUAUGAAGAGAUCUUACUGUCUUCUACAAGAAACCUGUUGCAUAAAGAUAUUCACAAUCAAAUGAGCCGCAUGAAGCGAGCUGUUUCCAAAGCUUUAUCCGCAAAGAACGAUCGAUGCCUGAUUUGUGAUGCUUCUUUAUUGAAUACGUCUUACUCGGAACCCUCAGAAAGCUCCAAUUUAGCUAUUUUCCGGUGCGGACAUGGAUUUCAUACCGUUUGUGUAAAAAAUGUUCAAAGCCCAUUGAAAGAAACGUCACAAACCACGGGGAAACUGGACGUACUGAAAUGUCCAGAAUGUCCUCGCAGAUAGAUGACAUACCACCUGUGAUAACUAGACGCUCAAUUAGUGAUUGCGGAUUUUUAUUUUUGUACCUUUCUCACAUCGAAUGUGUCGUACAAAUGGUAAAAUAAUAAAUAGUUUAGAAAAAACUUCUUACAAUAUGUUAAUGGUUUAAAAAGUGAAAUACUUCCCGGUCAUUAGAAACCCGCAAGUAAGAGCUAUAAAGGCUACUCUACAUUUCAAAUGGUCAGUAAUACCGAUAUCCGUUCUACAAAAUUAUCUGGUUCUUGUAAUUCUGA